AGUAGCGCCCAUUCAGCAGCAGCGUUAGCAUCAGCUCAAGUUCCUUAAUAUUCACUAUUUCCUCGUAUAGUUGUUUUGUUUUUUUUUCCAUAAAAAAAAAAAAAAUUAGAGCUUAAGAUGGGAUACAUGACUAUAGAGGAGCAAAGCUCCACUCUGCUCCACCUGAAGAGAUCUCCGGGCAUUCGUUCCUGGUCGCUCCUUGUCGGCAUAGCAUCUGUAGGUUUAGCUGCUGCUUACUACAGCUCAGACAGCAUCUUCUGGAAGCUUUUUUAUGUGUUGGGCUGCCUGUUUGUGGCCAUGCAAAACAUGGAAGAAUGGGAGGAGGCGAUAUUUGACAAAACCAACAACCAGAUUGAGCUCAAGACUUUCAGCUUGUACACUUUAAUCCUGACACUGUGGAGUAAAGGGCAGGAAAAAGUUGUGCUGGAUCUGAAUCACCUGCGAGAUGUCUGCAUCCAGGAGGAGAAGGUUCGCUAUUUGGGGAAGGGCUACCUGUUGAUGUUGCGGAUGGCUACUGGCUUCUCCUACCCCCUCACCCAGAGCGCCACGCUGGGCGGACGCAGUGACGUGGAGGCGCUGGCUGUGUUGCUGAAACACUUCCUGGGGCUGGAGGAGCUGCAGCAGCGCGGGCAGCAGGACGAGGACGCAGAGUUUGCAGAAGAUGAAGGCGAUUCUGUGGAUGGCAGCAGCGGCCCAGAGGACCACACUGAUGAACUCUGA